AUGAGUAGGCGCAUGAUGGAUACAACAAUAAGAAAAACAUGGCAAAGGCUAGGAAAGGAUUUUAUUACAACGAGCAGUCUGUCAACUCUGGCGUUAUUAAUCGUCCUAAAUGUAUGCCAGAUGUCAAGAGGCAAUCCGGUUUUUGUGGAUAAUCCUAGUUUAGCUCAAUUUCAAUCGGGAAGAAAUAUCCGCCACCUGCCAUGCAUUGUUCGGAAAUCCGGUCUAUCUGGAGUUUGUAUGUUUGCUAUAGACUGCAUCAAACAAAAUGGAACACAUUUAGGAACCUGUAUAGAUCGAUUUUACUUCGGAUCAUGUUGUCAAAUGAAGGAUGAAUCACAAAUUUUCGCUGAAGAAAUCAGUGAUAAUAGCAUAGAUCAAAAUACGAUAUCCCACUUUUCACAUGAAUCAUCAACACUUUCGACGAGCUCUCUCUUCAAAGUUCCCACAGAAAGUAUAAUUGAUAGCAUUGGUGUGAAGAAUCAUACAACAGUUCAUCCAUAUGUUCCAGUUUCAACAAUAACUCAUAUGGCUUCAAGAGUUGAAAGUACAACAAUGAGAUAUAUCACUUCAAAAACACCAAGUUCAAGUAUUAUUUCAUCAACAACAACGACACCAACAUCAACAACAACUUCAACAACCACUUCCUCCCCAACAACUAUUAAAACACCAUCAAGAAGAAGAACUACAACAAUUGGUCCAGUAUUGACAAUGGCUCCAAAUACAAGUUCGGACACUACAUUCGACUCAACAACACCACCAAGUAAAUUUACAACUUUCCAAAUGGUUGAGACUUCAACACCGAAUAAACCAACAGAACCAACUGUUAUUGAAGAAGUUCAAUACACAACGACAAUGAAAAUUCCGAUUCCUUCACAAAAACCUUCAACAGAUGCACCAAGAACGAAAAAGCCAAUAAUAACGAAAAUUCCUGCAGCUAAUUUUACAACCACUCCAACUACUGAGAGGCCCACUUCGAGGACAACUCAGAGAUAUAAGCCAACUUUGGUAAAACGUCCAACAACAACAAAGAAACCCAUCCAAACAAAACGUCCAAUAUCAACAACAACAUCAACAACUACUUCAACAACAACUCCUAGAACGAAAUACACAAGAAAACCCGUAACUCAAAUUGAAGUUCUCAAUUCAACAAGUUCUUCAUCAACAAAUAAAGAUUCAUCAACACCAACUGUCAAUGUGACAACAACUUAUGAACCUUCAACAAGAGCUCCAAGGCCAAAGCCAAAACCAACAUCAGAAAUCUUAAAAAUUUCGACUUCAACAACAACUCAAAGGGCAGAACUUACAACAACAACAGCGAGACCAACAACUUCCACAAGUCCUUCAACAACUUCCACAACUACCACAACUUCACAAGCUCCAACAACGAGUACAACUGAAAGAACGUUACCACCAAGUACUCCUGCUUCAACAACAACCUCAACAACAAGUUCAACAACAACAACCACAACGACUGAAGCGCCAUCUUCUACAACUUCACGACCAACAAAAACUUCUCCAAAACCUACUACAGCUGAAUCAUUCCCUGAACCAACUUCUACUUACAGACCAACUUUGGUUACUUGGACAACAGUAGAUGAUAACCGGAAUAACACCCAUAUUACCAUUGAAGAAACUGAUUGGCAACCAAAGCCUCCACCAGCUGAUUGGGUACCAGUGCCAACAAUCGAUCCAGAAGUUGUAGUAGUUAAAAAUAAUACACUUCUUGAAACACCAACAAGUUCUCAAGAUUCUUCUUCAACGGAAGGUAUUAAUAAACCUUCUUCGACAGAAUCGAAUAAGAUUCCAGUAAUUUCAUCUUCUACAACAGCACCGAUCUUAAAUUCAGAAUCAAGUAGUAUAUCACCACCGGAAGUCACGACGCAAGGUUCACCACUAUUAACCUCUACAGUAGCGUCAUUAAUAUCAUCGUCAACAUUGGGUUCAAUUUCUACAACAAGUUCAACAACUGAACGUCCAAGUGAGACAGUUACUGAAAGUUUAAUUCCUGAAGUUAGUACGGAUACACCAAUAGAAGAUUUCAAUGUCACGACAACGGCAUUGCCUCUUUCGACAACUUCACCUAUUCCAUCACUGGAGGGAGUUGACUAUAGACAAGUGUGUGGCCGAAGAAUGUUCCCCGAACCAAGGAUUGUUGGUGGUUCGAAUGCAGCUUUUGGCAGAUGGCCUUGGCAAAUUUCUCUAAGACAGUGGAGAACUUCAACUUAUUUGCAUAAAUGUGGAGCAGCUUUAUUGAAUGAAAAUUGGGCUAUUACAGCAGCGCAUUGUGUUGAUAAUGUUCCACCAUCUGAUCUUUUACUUCGUCUUGGAGAAUAUGAUUUGGCUGAAGAGGAAGAACCUUAUGGCUACCAGGAACGACGAGUACAAAUUGUUGCAUCACAUCCGCAGUUUGAUCCUAGAACAUUCGAAUAUGAUUUGGCACUUUUGAGAUUCUAUGAACCAGUUGUUUUCCAACCAAAUAUCAUCCCUGUUUGUGUACCUGGUUCAGAUGAAGACUUCAUUGGUCAAACAGCUUUCGUCACAGGAUGGGGUCGUCUCUAUGAAGAUGGACCAUUACCAAGUGUGCUUCAAGAAGUUGCUGUCCCCAUUAUCAACAACACUAUCUGCGAAACAAUGUACAGAGCCGCUGGUUACAUUGAACACAUUCCUCACAUUUUCAUUUGUGCUGGAUGGAAGAAGGGCGGCUAUGAUUCAUGUGAAGGUGAUUCUGGUGGUCCAAUGGUUCUACAAAGAGAAAUGGAUAAGAGAUUCAUUUUGGGCGGAGUUAUUUCUUGGGGUAUUGGCUGUGCUGAACCCAAUCAACCUGGAGUUUAUACAAGAAUUUCCGAAUUUCGUGACUGGAUAAAUCAAAUUUUGCAAUUCUAGAAUAAUUAGUUUGGAAGUGAAGUGAUUUCAAACCUUUAAAAAUUGAAAAAGUAUUCUAGCAGAAAAGUAGAAAUAAUAACUUGUUCUCUGGUUAUAAAGUGACAACAACAACAUAAUUAAGUUUUCAAAAACAAUAUUCUUUAUAACCAAAGUAACGACUUAAGGAAGA